CCGCCGCCGCCACUGUCCGGGCCGGAGGGGUCUUCACUGGCGGCUAUGUUGGCGACCACCACAGUGCCUGGGCAGAGUGUCUGACCGCGCGGGAGAGGGGCUCCUGCGGACGGAGCGGGGCGGUGGAGAAGGGGAGGAAGGGAAGGGGCGGCUCUGCCAGCAGGCGUUCGCCAGGGGCACCCCUCCCGGCCGAAGGCCCCUGAGGGCAGGCUGCCGCCUCCCAAACCCGUCGCCCGUAGCAACAGGCGAAGCCGCCGAGGCGGCGGGGCCUGUCCUGAAAGCCGGGUCCAGGGUCCAAGGCCCCGGCAGCGGUUUGGCCAAGCUGCGGGACUUAGGGCUGCCCCGUUCCCUGGCGCCAUGGCUGCCGAGGUGGUGGUUGUGGGAUCCUGUAUGACCGACCUGGUCAGCCUUACUACACGAUUGCCAAGAGCUGGAGAAACUGUCCUUGGACAAAAGUUUUUCAUUGGUUUUGGUGGGAAGGGAGCCAACCAGUGUGUCCAGGCAGCUCGACUUGGGGCGAAGACCUCACUGAUCUGCAAGGUUGGGAAGGAUUCCUUUGGCAAUGACUAUGUUGCAAAUUUGAAGAAGAAUGGUAUUUCUACAGCAUUUGUUGGUCAGACUACAGAUGAUGCUACUGGAACUGCUUCAAUAAUUGUCAACAGUGAAGGACAGAAUGUUAUUGUCAUAGUCCCAGGAGCCAACCUGCUUUUAAAUUUUGACGACCUGAAGAGGGCUUCUGAUGUCAUCUGUAAAGCCAGAGUGGUUGUUUGCCAGCUAGAAAUAACCCCUGCUGUUUCUCUUGAAGCUCUGAAAAUUGCACGUGCCAGUGGAGUAAAGACUUUAUUUAAUCCAGCUCCAGCCCUUGCUGACCUAGAUCCACAAUUUUAUACCCAUUCCGAUAUCUUCUGCUGCAAUGAAACUGAGGCAGAAAUUUUAACGGGCAUCCCAGUUGGCAGCCUUGAAGAUGCUGAAAAGGUGGGACAUGUGCUGUUAGAAAGAGGGUGUAAGUUCAUAAUAGUUACUCUUGGAGCAGAAGGCUGCAUGAUGAUAUCAGCAGAAGAACCCAUUCCAAAGCACGUUCCUGCUGGGAAGGUCAGGGCUGUGGACACUACGGGAGCUGGAGACAGUUUUGUGGGAGCACUUGCCUUCUACCUGGCAUACUAUCCCGAGUUAUCCAUGGAGGAAAUGAUCAGGAAGUCAAACUGCAUCGCAUCAGUGAGUGUCCAGGCAUCGGGGACACAAUCUUCAUAUCCUUACAGGAAGGACUUGCCUCAGGACCUUUUCUAAUUGCCAUUGUCUGGCUCAGUGCACUGAUUUUAUCUUAGCCCAGACAGAAUUAUUCUCCUGACUACACCAAGGUUGUCCUCUGCUGACUGGAAAGACCAGGGAAGUCUCUGCUUCUGGAGGAAUCCUGCUAGUUCCUGCUCUACAGCAGUAAGAUGGGGUGAGGGGGGUGGGUCUUCCACACACAGCACAGCAGCUCCCUCUGGCCUGACACACAACCAUCAGGCUUGUGGCCACCCCACACAGAGCACCAUGCACAGAGCACAAGGAUGACAGUAAAAUGUCUGGAGCGUACUGGGCUCCUGGUAGUACUUUAACUUCACCUGGUUUUAUCAGAACUGCUGGUGUGCAAUGCCAGCUCGAGCAGCAGAGCUUUAGCUGUGAGGUUGCAGCUUGAGUCCCCAGCUGCAAACACCAAGGCCAGCACUUGGCUGGUAAGGAGGCCCCAUCCAUCAAUCCCUGCCCCACCUAUUCCCAGUGCUUCCAUUGCUGGCUGCAGCACUGCACUGUGUACUCCUGCCAGACCGGGGCAGGAGACUAGACAGAGGACGAGUACUGUUAAGGUAGACUCUGAAAAAUGUUUCCAGCUAUACUGCUCUUAAAUGUAGGUGGGCUAAUUAAAGGAAAGCUUCCAACAUCAGACAGAGAACCACUCUCACUAUUUCUUCACACAGCACAGAAAUCCAGAGGUGAAAAGUCCAUCCUUCUUACCUGACUGAAAAUAGUUCAGCCCUUAUAGCUUAUCCAAAAGCUCAUCUUAUUUCACCAGCCUCCCUACUGCUUCUUCCUUGCCCAGGCAGGAGCUGGUGCAACACAAACCCCUCCAAGGAAUGACACCAAGUUGUGGUCACUAGUGUUGAAUCUGUGGGCUGGUAGGUUAGAAAAACUUGCAGUCCUGCCAUUGAAUUCCUGCUGUGGAAAAUGUUAAUUUUUAUUGCCUUAUAAAACAAUAGUUCCUUUGAAGAUUACAGCCUCUUUCACAAUGGAAAACACAGACAAUGGGAUUUGCUAUUUAAUUUUUUUAAUUGAGUACUGCAAAAAUAACUCAAAAGAUAAAUAAAUGUUACUGUGAUGAUCUAUGUCCA